AUGCGACGUCUUACUUGUGUACUUGCCGCUGCCGUUGCCCUCGCCGGACCCGCAGCCGGAAGCGAUGCAACGGCCGACUCGAGUCUCUUCCGCGGCUCAUCGGCCGAGCCGCCUCCGGACGUGUUCCUCGUCGAGAGGGACCUCGCGCAGCACCAACUUGCCGGCAUCUCGCUGCUGCCUGUUGUUGUUGCGCUCGCGAGACGGCAGCAGCAGCAGUGUCCGUAUCCCGUCAUGUGCUCGGCGCGGUCCUGCUGUCCUUCUGGUUACAAAUGCUGCAACGCCGCGGCGCCGCCGCUCUGCUGCCCCGCAACGUCCGCCUGCCGCCUCGACGUCGGCAAUUGCUGCCCGGACACGGCCGUGACGUGCGGCGGCCGGUUCUGCGCCCAGCCGGGCGCGGUCUGCUGCGGCACGAGCGUCUGUCCGCCCGGCACGGCGUGCAACACCAGCGGCGGGACCGUGUCGUGCUGCCGCCCCGGCGAGCUACGCUGUCUGGGAACCUGCUGCCCGGCCGGAUCGCAGUGCGCGCCCCAGACGGGAUACUGUCGUCGCCUGACGCUUUCCGAGAAGAGCACGACGACGAAAACCACGACGACAACGACGACGACGCGCCAGUCCACGACAACGUCGACCCGGACCACCACCACCGUCAUCAGCUCCCGCACCACAUCCACCUCCACGUCCACGGCGUGCGCCGCCAACAGGCGCGACCUCCUCGUCGAGCCCCGCCAGAACACCCGGCGGCCCAACUGCGCGUACGAGUGCCACAACGGGCAGACGCUGCCCGUCGUCGAGGUGCCCAACAUUCCGGGCCAGACGGACCAGCUGUUCUUCAGCAUGUGCUCUGGCAUCCUCGGCACCAGCGCCGGCCGUCGCGCCGCCGGCGGCGACGGCAGCAACUUUGACGUGCUCACGUACCGCGGCGCCGACGGCAAGGCGCUGCGCCGCAGCCAGGCGCGCUGCAAGGGCUACUGCGCUGAGCAAAAGGCCGUCUUUGGCGACCCGGCGAGCUUGCAGUGCGACGAGUAUCCUCCAGCAAUGGCGGGAGAGGGCGGCAAGGGCGCGUUUCGAGUGUGCAUUCCAAAUGCGCAAAACUCGGGCGCGCAGGGAAGGCUCUUUCGCCGCUUCGUGACCGACUGCGCGCCGGAAAAGGGGAAACCGUUUGUUGUGCGCAUGAAGGGCGGCUGCAACGUGCGCAACGGUAAGCGCGCGUCGCCGCCGCCGCCGCCGCUGCCGCAACUUGUCAGCCGCGCAGAUGCAGCAGCAACAACAACAACGUACAAUGCGUCGAGCAACGUGCUCUACUCGUGGGACAACUUGACGUACAUGUAUGUGCCGCUGCCGGCGCUGCAAAACGGCCACUACCGCAUCGACGUGCGCUUCCGCGGAUCCGUCCGCGGCGUGCAGGUGACGGACAGCGACGGCGAGGACUACUACGCCACCACAGGAGCGGCUGUCGAGGACGGACACGUGGUCGAGUUUGACGUGGCCGGUGUCGAUGCACAGGACGGCGAGCAGGAGCCGGAUCCGCUGCCGGCGGGGCUCUUCCUGGACGUGGACGAGGCCGUCGACGUGAGUUAUGAGGCGCAGGCGACGCUCAAUGGCACGAAGACGGGAGAGCAGUCCUUGGCGGUGAGGGCGGCCGCGUUGUCCGCUGUCAAGUUGGUGCUGGUGUUGGUUGUGGCUGUCGCGGUCGUCUAA